GCGCUCCUGCGAGAGAGGGCUACACCUCACCAAAUAAGGACAUGAGAGAGACCCUUGUUGGGAUGACGUUGAACGUGAAAUGGGAAAGAAAUAGGUGUGUGUGGACGGUCUACAUGGAGACUUGAACCGGAGGGGAACACCGGGCUAAUCUGGUUACAUAAGAAGCCAUUGAAUUUGCGGAACGUCUCUGCACUAAUCCGCUGAACUAUUCAUGUUCAACUGUCCCGCGGCAGGACACACAGACACACACGCUCGCGCGCGCACACACUUGUGGCUCUGAAGGCACAAACGCGCUGCAUGCACAAGGAGCGCAUGAAAUAAGAUAAACGCGCAGACUGGCGUCUUUGACGGAGGUUUACACACUUAAGUGCGUUUCCGCAGAAGCUGCUAUGUUUCACUCCGCAAACCCGAACCGGCGGCUUGUGUUGUUCGUGCCCGUGACGAUUCCGCUGACGCGCCACUAGCCGCACCACCCAGGAGACGGAGAGGAGAGCUGUGAGCGACGGAACGAGCGAGGAGGGGGGUGAGCUGACUGGAAACCCGUCUCUCUUUCUCUUUCUUUUCUCCUUCCUUUGACGAUCGGGGACCGAAAAGCCCGUGGUUGCGCGAGUCCCGUGGACGAUAUUUAACGAGCGAUUCACCAGUAGCAUCAUCCAGGCUCUUCUGCAGAGAUGGAGGUACCCGGCUUGGCGCACAACAUCACCAGUCCGUUAAGUCCCUGCGAGGGGAUGAUCAAGGACCUGAGCCUAGAUGCCAUACAAUUAUGCGAACGAGAUGGGAGUAAAUCCCAGGACGGCAGCAUCUCUGAGAUGGAGGAGCUGCCUGUUCCUCAGAACAUCAAGAUCAGUAACAUCACCUGUGACUCCUUCAAGAUUUGCUGGGACAUGGAGCCGCGCAGCAAGGAGCGCAUCACACACUACUUCAUUGACCUGAACAAAAAGGAGAAUAAAAACUCAAACAAGUUCAAGCACAAGGAUGUUCCUACCAAGCUGGUGGCGAAGGCAGUGCCCUUGCCCAUGACGGUUCGGGGCCACUGGUUCCUGAGCCCACGCACCGAGUACACCGUGGCCGUCCAGACCGCAUCAAAACAGACCGACGGGGACUACGCCGUCUCCGAGUGGAGCGAGAUCAUCGAGUUCUGCACUGCUGAUUAUUCCACAGUGCAUCUAAACCAGCUGCUGGAGAAGGCAGAGGUCAUCGCCGGCCGGAUGCUGCGUUUCUCUGUCUUCUACCGGAACCAGAAUAAAGAGUAUUUUGACCAUGCCAGGGAGGUGCAGGGGAACCGAAUGCUGCCGUCAGUGAAGGACAACAGUGGCAGCCACGGCUCACCCAUCAGUGGCAAGCUGGAAGGCAUUUUCUUCAGCUGCAACACAGAGUUCAACACAGGCAAGCCUCCGCAGGACUCCCCUUACGGCCGCCACCGCUUUGAGAUUCGGGCUGACGCACUCUUCAACCCCGACACCAACCUGUACUUUGGAGACUUCUACUGCAUGUAUACAGCCUACCAUUAUGUUAUUCUGGUCCUGGCACCAAAGGGCUCCAGGGGCGACGAGUUCUGCAAGCAGCGGCUUCCGGCACUCGACAUCAGCAACAACCGCUUCCUCACCUGCAAGCAGAACGAAGAGGGCGACGGCGGUCUGGUGUUUCAUCACGCCCAGGACGUCAUCCUGGAGGUGAUCUACACGGAGCCUCUAGACCUGGCGCUGGGCACAGUGGCUGAGAUCAGCGGGCACCAGCUGAUGAGCCUGUCCACAGUUAAUGCCAAGAAGGACCCCAGCUGCAAGACCUGCAACAUCAGCGUGGGACGCUAGGAAAUGGCAGAUUGUAGGAGAGGAAGGGAAGGACUAGAGGUGACUGACCUCUGUACACAGGAAGUCCACAUGUACUGAUGAAGCAGACCAACACAUGCAUGAAGCAGCAGAUUUAGUAGGCUCCCAGCACACCAACAUAUCUCUGACACCGCUCUGUAUUCUCAAGAGACCAUCGUUCCCAAAGAAGAGUGGAGGAAAAAUAGAAAGGUACACACACUCUGACACCUGCACCUCAUCUUGAAAGGGUUAUUCUAAACAUUGAUAACAUACAUUAAAACAUACCUAAAGAUAUCCACAUAAGCAACUGCCAAAUGAGAAAUCUAAACCUGGGGCACCAACAACACAGAUUCAUCCAUCCAUCCUCCAAGUCCACACUGGCGUAUAGACCAAACCCUUUAACUGUACUAAAAAAAUGGGCUGCUUCUAUUCAAUUUCCUGUUGUUUAUUUUGAUCUGCUGUUCCAUAUUUUGUUAAUGACCUUUGCCUUGUUAUUAUUGAUAUACUGUUGAUCGAGUUUCCACUGUCUGCGUGGACAAGCAUUUUGUUGUUUCCAAUUACUUUGAUCGAUCGUCUUUCUAGAAAUGUUUUGUUCUCAUUCCACAGUAGACAAAAUCUGACUUCUUUUUACCUCUUACUAGUGGCACAGACUGGUACUACAAUUUUCUAGGGCUGCAGCAUCGCUGGUCAUCUUUCUUUAUACCAAAGGUAUUAAAAACCAGACAUAAAACCGCUGUGGAAUCUUAACAGUACUAAUGCAACAACCUCUAAAAUGCGUACUCGCAAAGUCUCUGAUGACCAAGUAUGAACUACUUAUUAACAUGUUAACCUUUAAAACAAACAAACAAAAAAAAAAAAAACAACAAAAAAAAGGCAUGAUGCAGUUCUGUGCAGCAUGAGUGUGAAAGCUGUCAGUACCUCUACCAUAGCAACCUUUUCUGCAACAGUCGCUCUUAUUUUAUUGUAGUCAGUGGAAAGAGAAAGUAGAACCAUAAACUGUGUUUAGCAGAAUAAAUGUGAAAAAAUAUUUAUUUUUAUCGAUACAUUCAUAUAGUAUAUAUAUAUAUAUCUAUAUAUAGAAAAUUAUAUAAACCAGAAGUGCACAAUGUCAAAAGCUCUGAUCAUUGUCAACAACGGCAUUUAGGGGGAAUUAACUUCAUAUAGGCAAAAUGGGGGGAGAAAGACAGAUUUGACAGCAGAUGUAACUUGCACUACGUUCACCAACAUUCACAUAUUUUCCAAGGUGAACAAGUAAAUUGAAUGGUCACAAUUUUGAUCAACUAUCAAAUUCUUAAUGCAUAUCAUAGCACAAUGCAGGACUAAAAACUGACAUGCACAAACACUACAGGAUUGUCUCACUGAUUGCAUUUAAGCUUGUACCUUUUUUUUUUUUGCCAAGAAAGCACUUUUUAAAAAUGCAGUUUUCACAUUAACUCUGGACAAAACUGUCCAAAAAUAGUGUUUUGGCAAGAAACAAAAAAAAGCCAAGUGCCAUAAUAUACGUACAGUAAUCUUAAAAUUACUAAUAUGUAACUAACAUCAAGUUGUUACAGCUUUUCAUCUCUGACACAGAUUAGUGCUACAUAACAUACACUUGCUACAUCAGGUUUAUAAUAAGAUGCGUCAUGAAUGACAAAGGAUGUGUUUUUGGGACUUUAAAAAAAAAAAAAAACUGCAGUUGCCCAGCAUUGUCACCAAUUUCCAUCAUUGUUUUCCUCAUGUAAAGUGCAUCAACAUAAUGAGCAUGGCAUGAAAAAAGACCAGACCCACCGGCUUGCCAACCUGAUUUUUCAGAUAUGAUCCUGUUAAGUUGGAUAAAAGUCCCACUGUGAGUUAACUCAACUGGUCUUGGUUGAGUCCUGUUGUUUACUGAGCAAGGCCUCCAGUAGACGGAGCUUUGCUUUGAGGUUCUUAUACUGGCAGUACUCCUCCGCCAUUGGUCCACGGUCCUCUUUCUGACAAGCCCUGUUAAAAAUACACGGAGGAAAGAAGAUGCAAAACAAAAGGCAAAACUUUUUUUGUAGUUUCCAAACAACCUGCAGCAGCUUCCAUAACUGGUUGAUAGUCCCUAUGUUGCCUUACUCAGAUAGCUUUGUACAGUGUGUAUUGUAAUCAAAAACUUACUGGAUUUACUUUGGAGGACUAACAUGUACAUGUACAGUACAAAGGAUGUGCACAGUUCAGAGCAAACGUCUUCUAUCUCUUCGUCUCUUUCCUGAGCUCUCUGUGCUGUAUUAACGUUACGUGAGUGUGCAUUACACUGUCGUACCAUUACGAUGGGAUUUCUUUUGUGGAUGUUUUUUCUUUGUUUUUCACAAGGCAUUGUUGAAAACCACAUGUUCCAAGUUUAUUAAAAGACAAAAUAAAAUUCAAAAAUCAAGUA